AUGUUGACAUCCGUGCCGUCCGUGAUGUCAACGUCGCCGUCACCAACAGCUAUCAUCACUACUACUACAACCAAUAACACAACUUCACCAUCAUCGUCAUCGACGACCUUGUCAUCAUCAGCAUCAUCGUCUUGUUUGUUGUCAUCAUUAUCGAACACAAACACCAACGCCGCCAUUACCCAACACAUCCCAUCCACUGCUUCACUGUAUCAACUGACCCCAUCGGCUGCAUCCUCGCCGACCGGUUCGAUAGGAGGAGCGGCAUCAAUCACACCCCACGUACUGCAGCAGGCAGCCGGUACAAUCCCUCGGAAGCAGCUUGAUCAAGUACUGAACCCCAAAACAACGCCAACGAGCGCUUCCUCGUCUACAUCGUCGUCGUCGUCGUCAUUACUGAUCAAUCAUCUCACUAGCAACCCUGGCGACGGUCUGCUCAAGCAACAGCUCGUUUGCUAUGACUCUAAAAUGCCAUCUGCAUUGGCCAAGGGAACGGGCAAAAAAAUCAACCCGUCCCUUUCACAUGCAUCAUCAAUCGUCAAUGUAAAUGACAUCGCGGCAGGGCUAGCUAGCGCCGUUGCCGCUGCGGUGGCAGAUGCUGUAACCGUUGCCACAAUUGGUCGAAAUUUAAACCUUAAUCUAAGCAACUAUUCUCAACUGCGUCAACAGCUAGAGAUGCAACAAGCAACCGGUUCGGUAAGCAGUCGCAACAGUGCACCAAACAACAGCAGCAAUGCUUCGGAACCACCGUCGUCUGCUGGGUCGGCCGACAGUCAGUUGAAGCAGUUUCUCAACGGCGGCAUAAACAGCGUCUCCAACAAUCAUCAUUCCCAACAGUAUCAACAGCGCUGGGGAGCCAAUUCUGCAGGCAAUGGGGCUUCAACUACUUCUGCAGAGCCAACAUUGGCGUCCUCGUCGACGUCGGCGACAUCCGUUUCAAUCCGAAGCGAUAUUUGUCUCCAGUAGGCUUCGGAUAGAGUUUGUGAGCAGCAAGCAACAAAGAUGAGAAAAAAAACAUAUACGCUCCGAAACAACAGAAAACACUGAAAAAACAGUUCUUUGUUUAGAAAAUCUAGUUUCAAGAUAGUCUCUCGUUAGUAGGAUUCUCUUAGUAGUAGUGCAUAUAUAUCGGUUAUAAAACAAACAAAAACACACGCGAGUAAAAUGCAAAUGGAAGCAGCAAACAGAAGAAGGAAAUAUCAACAACUGUUGAUGCCGCAGAACAUAUCUGCAGCUUUGGAACACGAACAAGUUGGAGUUCAAAUUGUUUUGUUUCGUUUAUUCUUUUUUUUCGUGUAUGGGAGAAUAGCGUUUGUCACCCACCCACCCCCGUUGGGAGAGCAAGAAUCAUACGACCGACGAAAAAGUAGAAAGUUUUCUCCCAAGUUUUCUUCUCAAAUUGAAACACUUUUCUCACUUGGGCAGGUUGGAAAGGGGUUAGAAUGGACAAAAGCAAACCUCUUUCUUUUCGCGCUGAACUGUAAACGCAAAGAACUUGGCUCAAUGAGGGAAGUGAAAACAUUUUAAUUCAAAUAAAUUAAAUUAAUUUAUACAAUGUGAUAUUUUUUGUCUAUAUAUGUUAGCUAAUGUAAUAUAAUAAUGAAGCAAAAAAGAACGAGAAGAAACAUACGUGGGAGAACAAAACGCAAAAAACGAGGACAUCCGACUGAGGAAGUAUCAAAGUGAGUCCACCUCUUUCCUUUUUUAUCGUUCUGGCAAAAAUAUCUACUAUCCUACUGAACAAAAGCAAAAUAAUACUAUCUGGAAAAAUUAACUGUUUUAGCACCGACGACAAGUCACUUAAAAUUGUUCAAGUUGGUAUAUUUUCUUGUGAGUUUUUUUUACUCUUUGCUCCGUUUCUUUACAAUACUUUUUGUAAAAAGCUAGUUUUAAAAACAAAAAAGUUCGUUUAGUUGCAAAAAAAAAAAGCAAACAAAAA